CGAAUCAACAGCACCGCCUCUUCAGCACGUCGCUACAAGCGCAUGCGCAAAUUGGUACCAGUCCAAAGCAGUCAUUGGUCCAAAGCCUUAGCGGGUUGUUUAGCUAACAGGUGAAGCCUUCGUAUUUUUUUUAUUUAUUUAACUUUUCUUAGUGGUUAGAGAUGGCCGCCCGAUAUGAUAGAGCUAUAACAGUAUUUUCCCCUGAUGGACACCUGUUUCAAGUGGAAUAUGCGCAAGAGGCUGUGAAAAAAGGCUCCACUGCGGUGAGUGUUAUUAGCUAGCUAGCUUAACUAGCCACGCUAGUUAGCUAACUUGCUAACGUUAGCUAGCUACUUGAAGUUGCGUUUGGUUUCCAGUCGUAACUACUUCAGUUGCUUUGUGAAUUCGAACUGACAAUGGAUUGUAGCUUUAGCUGUGAAGAAGCAUCUUGCUCAUUUUCAAGCUAGCUAGUUACAUCGUUAGAGGAUAGCUACCCCGUUACUUACACAGCGGGGCCAGCAUGACUUGCAUGUUGUUGCUAACCUGCCAACUAUCCCAGCUAGCUAACGUUGCCAAACAGGUUUCGUUCCAGGUCGUCUUUAUUACAGUCUGGCUGCUCAUCUCAGAAAAAUUAUAACAGAUUUGCUUAAUUUUAUAUGGAGCUAUGCAGACUAAUCAUUCUUGCUAAUGUGUGCAGGUUGGCAUCCGUGGGAAAGACAUUGUCGUUCUGGGUGUUGAGAAAAAGUCUGUCGCUAAACUCCAAGAGGAGAGGACUGUACGCAAGAUCUGUGCACUGGAUGAUCAUGUGUGCAUGGCAUUUGCAGGUAAUUUGAUUAGUUAUCGUUAUCAUUUAGCCUCUGCUGUGGAUUUCAGAUGCAAGGCCUGCUUUUUAUUUUGUGGAAGCGCAGGUGUUUUGUGUUGGUGUUGAAUAACAGGCCUGAAAUGUAUGAUGUUGUGACUGAUAUUGUCUCUCUCCUGACCUUCCAGGUCUGACAGCAGAUGCUCGUAUAGUUAUCAACAGAGCCAGGGUAGAGUGUCAGAGCCACAGGCUCACAGUAGAGGACCCUGUUACGGUGGAGUACAUCACACGCCACAUCGCUACACUCAAACAGGUAGGCUGCACCGAAACACUGGUAUGAACAUGAGUCAUUGCCACACUCAAUCACUCAGCUCAAGUGUUCAUUGGAGCACACUGUAGUGAAACACUUUCCAACAGAAAAUAAAAAUGACUUUCUUAUUGGUAGUGUCCAGGUAGUGGUAGUCAUCCCUGUUUCAGUUUUCUUCCAUUUGGUGACAAAUGAACAUGACCAAGGCAUUUUCUCACACAGUCAAACCCCUUGAUUAAGAAUGUAUCUCUCUCUUAACACGCCUCCAGCGCUACACACAGAGUAACGGACGAAGACCCUUCGGUAUCUCUGCUCUAAUCGUGGGCUUCGACUACGACGGAACGCCACGGCUAUACCAAACCGACCCGUCUGGAACAUACCAUGCCUGGAAGGUGUGUGGCAGACAGUGGCCUCAUAUCUGGCUUUAUGAGUAGAAAGCAGAACACACAUGCCCACACUAAUACUGGCUUUAUUUAACCUAUUUUUUUUGUUGUUGUAAGAAAUGGUGUUGUAAAUUGCCUUGGAUUUGUGGUUUAAAUCAGUCAAACUAUUUUGUAAGGUUACUUGAUUUGUUGUUGGUAACCUCUCCAUCUACUCUUCUGCAGGCUAAUGCCAUCGGUCGCAGUGCAAAGACUGUCCGGGAGUUUCUGGAGAAGAACUACACAGACGAGUCCAUCGCCACUGACAACGAGGCUAUAAAGCUGGCCAUCAAAGCCCUGUUGGAGGUAGGCUAGUGCAAACACCAGCACUUGCCUGAUCCACACUAUAUGGCCAAGGCGAGCUGUACUGGGCUGGCCUGAUUACGCAUCCACUAUAGUUGCUGGAAAGGACAAUGUGAAACGAAAAUAUCUGCGCCGGCACAAUAUGGUUUGGGUCGGUCCUAUAGUGUGAAUCGUGCAACUAAGUCACUAAUGGUGGUUGAUGGUAAUGAACAACAGCAUGCUAACCUCCUGACCCUAUCCUCACAGGUCGUCCAGUCAGGAGGAAAGAACAUUGAGCUGGCUGUGAUCAGGAGAAAUCAGCCACUGAAGGUACACACACUAAUAGCUCAACAGCAGUUAACUGACUUAUUCUCUGGAUGGAUGUCUUUUGAAAUCAUUUCCUGUUUUGUACAUCUUUCUCUCUCAGCUUUUGGAGUCUAAAGAAAUUGAAACCCUUGUGGCUGAAAUCGAGAAGGAGAAAGAAGAGGAGGCAGAGAAGAAGAAGCAGAAGAAAUCAACAUAAAUCAAACUGGUCUUUCACAUCACCUGUUUUCACUUUGUGUGAGGAUAGGAUACGUUUCAAUUCAGGGUGAAUGCAUUCAAUACACCCUGUAUCCAACAACACACACUCCUGUCUUCACUUCUUUCGUUCUGUAGCGUGGUUACAUUAGCUACGACCAUUUUGUUCACUGUUAUGUUAGCACAUUACGCUGACCCUGAAGCAUUUGACUCCACAAAUAAUGCGGUUUAUAAAUGUAAUAUUGAAU